CAUUUCAUUGACAUUGAUCCACGCACCAUUUGGCUAAACGCAACAUGAUCAAAUCAAGAUUGUAAUGACCCCACUUAGAGAAGUCUCUUUCUCUCCUUUUUUUCUUCGCUCUAGCUACAUCCUACAAUAUAUAUAACAAUACAUGUCUUUGAGGGAGUGUUAGUGCAGAAGCAUGUAGACCAACGUAUCUUCUCUAUACAUAUAUAUGGGAUUUUAAAAGAAAUUAGCAAGUCAACGACUCUCAUUAAAAAUGACAUCAGCUUCCACGUCACUCUCCAAAUUGUCCAUUUCCUUUUAAGAAGGUUUGUGCACUCCAAUUGUCUUCUCAUACAUUCUCAAUCUCAACUAAAGCUUCACUCUUUAUUUACUUUCUUUCUUCAAAACCUCAAAUAUACUAUGUACGGAUACAACAAUCAUAUGGAAAACACAUCUAGUUAUGUGUAUACACAUUUUCCAACUUCACAGACUAUGCCACUGGUCUCUUUACCACCACCUUUGGCCAUACCCUCUGUGAAUAAUAUUGAAUAUGACUCAUUAUCUCCAUUGAAGUCCGAGGUUGGUUAUAACAGUAGUAGUUGUAGUAGCUAUGGUUCUCCUAGUUCAGUUACAAGUUAUGGAAUACAUGAUCCAAGUAAUUUGAUUCAAAGAAGCAUAAGCAGUCACUCACUUCUCAAGAAUAAUAUGGAGGGCUUUUGUCCACUGAUUUCUUCACCAACUGGUUUUCUUGACUCAGAAACUACUUCUGUGAGAAAAGUUUUAAGCACCGGCGAUUUGCAGGUAAUGCACCUAUUGCAACAUAAUCACCGGUCAGAAAGCAGUUUGUCCAGUGAGAGUAACAGCAUAAUUGAAGGAAUGAAUAAAGCUAGCAGAUACAGUCCUGAAGAGAAGAAAGAGCGGAUUGAGAGAUACAGAAGCAAGCGAAAUCAAAGGAAUUUUAAUAAAAAGAUUAAGUAUGAGUGCAGGAAGACUUUAGCAGAUAGUAGACCUCGCAUAAGAGGAAGGUUUGCAAGAAAUGAUGAAAUAAUGGAGAGGACUCCUCAGAACGAAUAUUGGACUCAAUCAAGGUUAGAGGAAGGCGAAGAAGAUGAUGAGAACUGGAUUGGAUUUCUUGAUGCUUUUUCAGCAAACCUUAUUCCAUAAUUAUAUUUAUUUAAAUUAAGGGGAGAAAACAAAAAGAGUUCCUCAAGUUUUAAUGUUCAGGAACUCUUUUCAUUGUGUGGCAGUUAUUGUUUUUCUAGUUUUAGUGAUGUUUAAUCAAGAAUCCCUUUUAAGAUUGACGAUAUUAUGUACAUUUGGCUUAUUGCAUAAUGAUUAAAAAAAUGUCCAUUUGGAGCUUC